ACACCAUUUUCAAACAACUAUUUGGUCUUUCCUUGUUGCUUAAAACACCGAUUCUAGUUUUACGUUUGAUAUUCCCACAAUCGCUUUAUAUCAUAACCUCACAAAAUUUAAGAAGAUGAAAGUAAUAAGUUCUUUAAUCUCUUCAGUUCUGCUUAAAUUCAUACACAAAGACUUCCAUGAGAUUUACUCAAGAAUGUCCGUCUUCGAUCGUAUCCUACUUCUUAUCGUGCAUGCAGUGGAUAAGAUGGUUCCGUGGCACAAGCUUCCGGUAUUCUUGGGUUUGGCCUACCUAGGGUUACGCAGACAUCUUCACCAAGAAUAUAAUCUCAUCAAUGUUGGUCAAACUCCGGUCGGAACUCGGUUUAAUCCUGCUGAUUAUCCUUACCGGACUUCUGACGGGAAAUUCAAUGAUCCGUUCAACGAAGGUGUCGGCAGCCAAAAUAGCUUCAUCGGAAGAAAUUGUCCUCCCGUCGACCAGAAGAUCAAGUUGCUGAAGCCAGACCCCAUGGUAGUGGCGACAAAACUAUUAGCAAGAAGAAAGUUGAUCGACACGGGAAAACAAUUUAAUAUGAUUGCAGCUUCUUGGAUACAAUUCAUGAUUCAUGAUUGGGUUGAUCAUCUAGAAGAAACUAAUCAGAUCGAGCUCGUGGCUCCAAAAGAAGUAUCGAAUGAGUGUCCCUUAAGUUCCUUCAGAUUCUUCAAAACAAAGGAAGUUCCUACCGGUUUCUUCGAGAUCAAGACCGGUUCGUUAAAUUCCCGUACACCUUGGUGGGAUUCGAGUGCUAUCUAUGGAAGCAACUCGAAAACAAUGGAGAGAGUGAGAACUUACAAAGACGGAAAACUAAAGAUAUCGGAGGAGACAGGUCUCCUACUCCAAGACGAAGACGGUAUAGCCAUUUCCGGCGACGUACGUAAUAGUUGGGUUGGUGUUUCCGCCUUGCAAGCUCUUUUCAUCAAAGAGCACAACGCCGUAUGCGAUGCCCUCAAGAAGGAGUACGAUGAUUUGGAAGACGAAGAUUUGUACCGCCAUGCUAGGUUAGUGACGUCAGCAGUGAUUGCCAAGAUUCAUACCAUAGAUUGGACUGUUGAGCUUCUCAAAACCGACACUUUACUUGCCGGGAUGCGAGCUAAUUGGUACGGACUUUUAGGAAAGAAGUUUAAAGAUUCGUUCGGACAUGUAGGGAGUUCCAUCUUGGGAGGUGUCGUGGGUAUGAAGAAACCGCAAAAUCAUGGAGUCCCAUAUUCGAUAACGGAAGAAUUCACGAGUGUCUAUCGAAUGCACUCGCUCUUACCUGAUCAGCUCGAGCUACGUGACAUCGACGUUGUACCAGGAACUAAUAAAUCACUACCAUUGACUGAAGAGGUUUCUUUCGGAAAAUUGCUUGGUUCCAAGGGAGAACAAACUAUGUCUCAUAUUGGAUUCACUAAGCUAAUGGUAUCAAUGGGUCAUCAAGCAAGUGGGGCUCUUGAACUGAUGAAUUAUCCAGUAUGGCUUAGGGAUCUUGUUCCACACGACCCCAAUGGCUAUGAUCGUCCGGACCACAUUGACUUAGCUGCUUUAGAGAUCUAUAGGGACAGGGAGAGGAAUGUUGCACGCUACAAUGAAUUUAGGAGAUCUAUGUUUAUGAUUCCGAUAGAGAAGUGGGAAGAUCUAACGGACGAUAAAGAAGCAAUUGAAGCACUAGAAGACGUGUACGGUAGUGAUGUGGACGAGCUUGAUCUUCAGGUGGGACUUAUGGCCGAGAAGAAAAUCAAAGGGUUCGCUAUUAGCGAGACAGCCUUUAACAUUUUCCUCCUCAUGGCUACUAGGAGAUUAGAAGCGGAUAGAUUCUUCACGAGUGAUUUCAAUGAAAUAACUUAUACAAAGAAAGGACUUGAAUGGGUGAAUACUACAGAGAAUCUCAAAGAUGUUUUUGAUCGACAUUAUCCUGAAUUGACCGAUAGAUGGAUGAACUCUGCAAGUGCUUUUUCAGUAUGGGAUUCACCACCAGUUGCCAAAAACUCAAUCCCUCUCUAUCUCCGAGUUCCAGCAUCUUGAUCAGAUUGAAUGACUUGUAUUUUAUUUUUAUUGGUAUUGUUGGUUAAACGUCAGCUCUCAACAUGAUUCAGCUACGGCAGUUAUGUGAUAUUUAUUAAAAUGCGUGAUAUAUAUACACUUGUAUCAUUUGUUUGUGCAAUAAGUCUUCCGUAAUUAACCUUGUUUUGUGAUUGAAGAAAUGAUUAUUGAGGAGUUUUAAUCAAAUAAAGACAAGCAGUUUGUUUCUAUCUGGACAGGGUAUAGUGUUUGUUGCGGUAACAAUACCAAUAAAAUAAUGUUUAAAAAAAAACGAUACCAAUAAAUAUUAAUGUGUCGUUAACCUGUCCUAUCAUAAUAAUCUGUAUUUUUUUCUUCUUCAAAAUACUAAAAUAUGUUUCCU